UAAAUUACACCAUCUCAUCUAUGUUUUCUUGCCCUGAUGUGGAUCAUUUCCCCAUCAGACCUCUCUCUGAUAAGAUGCAAUAAGUGUUCUGGACUUUAAAAUGGAGAUUCAAAGUUGGAUAUUCUGGACAGCAGUUACUUUACUGUCCCUAAAAAAAGGUGGAGACAUUUCUGCUGUUGAGAUAACUCAUCAUCAAGGCAACAGAGGACAAAUCAAGACAAUCAGCUGCAGAAUGAAUUUGCCGGAAAGCAAGACUUAUUCAGUGCAAACACUGAUGUGGCACUACAGCAGAGAGUUUGCCAACAAACCUCAUCGGCAACUUGUGGAAUCCAAAGAUCGAUUCUCAACCUCAAAUGUAAUGUACAAUAGAACAGUGCACUUAAAAAUCCAUAGUUUAAAACUGAGUGAUGCUGGGUUUUAUUACUGCACAGUCUCCCUGAGACCCACUCCAUACAGAAUGGCAUUAUAUCACAUGCCAAAUAUCACAGAGCCUGAGUCCAUCAUUUCAGCUGUUUGUACUGUGCAUUUGAGUGUACAAGCUCCUCUACAGAAAAUCAAAAUUUCUCACACUGGGAGCCUUGUGUUGAAGAAAACAAAGAAUCUUACCUGCAUGGCUGAAGAUUUCUUUCCAUCUAACAUCCAGAUGUUUUGGCAAAAAAAUGGGUUAAUUCAAAAUGACACUAGUUUUCAGAGCAACUGCACAGCUGAAGGAACUUGCAGAGCAUCUGUCAUCCUUAAGUUUCAGCCUCAGCUUGAAGAUGAUGGACAAGAGCUGGUAUGCAAGGCAUCACAUUUGAAUGGCUCAUAUUCAUCUGUUGACAGUAUUACCAUUGUUCUUGAGUAUGCACCACAGAAUUUAAGUAUGGGAACUAUUAUUUUAGAAGAUGAUUCACUUCAAAUAUAUUGCUCUGCAAAGAGUAAACCAGUUGCUUCUAUUACCAUAUAUCAAAACAAUGAUACAUUUCUUGUUCAUGGAAGAGACAGUUAUGUGCUAAUCGUUUUGCAUCCUUCUGAAUGGAAGACUGGAAAUAUAUACACCUGCAUUGCAACUAACCACUUAGGAACUUCUAAUGUGAUGAUUCAAGAAUCCAUAGAAUUGAGUGAAGGAGCUUCCAUUGGUUUAUCUCCUAUGUUUGUCAUCAUAAUGAUUGUCAUUGUUGUUCUGGUGCUGGGAGCUGUGAUGGGACUAACUCUCUACAUUGUGCGCCAAAAAAGACGCAGAAGAAAACAAAUUGAAGAGUCACAAUAUAUGGCAUUGUCUUCAGGCAAUCAAAGUCACUAUGUAAGUAUGAAGAACGUUGAAAGAAGAGACUCUCCUUGGCCUGGGAGCAGCAGACUGUCUGGGCAGAAGGCACUGUCUACAGAUGAUCAGAGUCAGUAUGUGACCAUGAAGACAGUAGGAAAAAGAGGUUCUCCCUGGUCAGGAAGCAAGAAGUUUUCUUUUCGGAAGAAGGAAGAAAAUGUUUCUGGCCAAUGCUUUUCUUCAGAUCCCAUUUACUACAAUAUCAUUCAGCCUGGACUUCCAAAGAUAUAAAGAGGUUUUACUCCAAUAUCAUCCGGUCUGGACUACUCAAAAGUCUAAAGAGAUGUUUGGCUGUCGUUUUAUCAAAUUUCAAUGCUGGUAUAGCUGUAUUUGUUUCCCAUUCCUCAUGUUGUCAUCACCUUUCACCCACUUGAACAGUAGACUGGCAUCAGGCCAUGGAAUUAAGCUGUCCAUGCACUGCUAAUGCCUGGCUGUACACUUUUACAAUGAGACACCGACUGGGUAUACAAGAAGAAAUGCAUUGAAACCAGCUGCUAUGCUUUCAAGCCAAGCAGUUAUCAGCCUUGCAUGAGAUAUAGAAAACAAGGCAGAACUAUAUGCUUUAGUCAGUGGAAGUGAAGUUAUUUGUAAUGAUGCCGUAGUUAUCUACCACUUUGAUUAUUAUUUUGUGUAUAAUAUUAUUCAGAAUUUUAAGAUAAAAUUUAGUAAGCAGAAUAACAAGUCUUUAGUGAAACAGAAUUGAUGCAGUGAUAUAGAACUGAUGUGUUUUCAUAUGAUCUGUUGUAGCCAUUCAUGCUGUGCUAAAUUUUGAUAACAUAAUUCAGUGUCUUCAGGAAACUAUGCUCCCUAUUCCUACAUCUUCACAUACGUACUCCUGCUUUGCUGUGCAAAUAACUAAAUCACUGCAUUCAUAUCAGUCCACUUAACUCACUUGCACAGUAGUGAUCUGCUAAAUUCACUGUAUAAGCCUGGUAAUGAUUUUGGUACACCUUGGCUGACGCUGCUGGGAUGUGGGGUCUGUCCUAGCAAUCAGAGACCCCAGGAACAGGAGAGUUUUGUCCCUGGAGAUACAAUGAAGACAGAAGGCAGAGUUAGUCUUUGGUUAAACUGAGAGUGACAGAAAAGAUGUAGAGAGAAAGUGAAAUAAAAUCAUGGAACAAGGCUCCAGGUGCCAUAUAUAUUAAAAGUACAGUAUAAAAGCAUCCCAGCAAAUUAUAUUAUAACUUUCUGAAUGACAAUAGCAAGGGUCUGAAACAUGCACCAUUUUUCAAAUAUUGCCAUAUUUAUUUACCAAGCUGCCCAUUGACUUAGUACAGAAUUUUCCAUCAGGAUUUUACGAAAUCAUUGCAUAUAAAGUUACUGUACUACACAUCUUGAUGUGAUGUUGCCACUCACUAAUUGUGAGUCUUGUGAAAUACACAGAGAAAACAAUGUUUGUUACAGUAGAACACACAAUUUACUGCAUGAUGGUUAAAUCAGGAAAUUAAUAAUUAUGGUUAAGACUGAUGUCACCCUAAAAUCUGAUGUUGUGCAAUACCACAAUACUUGUUCAUUCUCAAGCAUGUAUAAUGAAACUAUAUUUACUAGUUACUCUGACAUACUCCUCAAAAUGUUGCGGCCGUCAAACCAGUUCUUACACAUUGGUAUAAUUUGCUGUUUCUAUAUGUACUCUGAAAGCAUUGUUAUUUUGCAAAUCACUCUAUAUUUAUAAUUUUUGGAGUAUAUUAAGUAUGUCAAGAUGUAGUUAAAUAAACACCCUAUACCAUAAUGGAUGCAUUCUGACACAUUUCACUUUCUUUUACUAAACAUUAGGAAAGUAAUGUAACAUUUUACUGUGAGUUUUAUUAUUUUUAUUUUUUGGUGCACAGUAAAAUAAUUUGCUGUUAAAACAGAGCAUCAUUUUGUGAUUUAUGUUUUCUGUAGGUUUGUGCUAUAGGCCAAAUUAUACUAGUUAUCCUUUUUAGAAGGAAAUUAUUAAACUGACAGGCUCUAUUAAUAACAA